AUGGCAGGAAAACUGUCGAGCGUAGCACCUCAAAUCAUGGGCGGCAACGCCCUCGUUUCUCGGUCCGUCGCCGCCUCUCUGCGUCAGCGAUCCGGCUUGGGCCUCCCCGUCGGAAGACAUAUCGUACCCGACAAACCAGUAUUUCCGGUGAAUGAUGAACUUGCGUGGGAUAACGGGGAUCCAUUUCCUGAACCUUGUAUUGAUCGGAUUGCUGAUACUGUCGGAAAGUAUGAAGCAUUAGCAUGGCUGUGUGGAGGAUUGGGAUUUUUCGCGUCUCUUGGGCCAUUGGCUGUGUGGAAUGACGAGGCUUCUAAAAUACCAUUUACACCAAAAGUCUACCCGGACGACAACUUAAGAGUGAAUUCUUGGUGGAGAGCCGCAGAGUCCCCAGGUGUCUCAGACCCACAUUAUCAGAAGCAUAUAUUUGCCGGGAGAUUGAGAUUUGUGAGAGAGAUACUGUUACAAAUCGCGAAAAUGCACGGCGUGGACAACUGCAAGUGUGCAAAUGACUGUACCCUUUAA